AUGAGUCAAACAACGGCACCGGUCAUCGAACUCGAUGUGCUACCGCGCCUUGAACAUGGUAUAACCCUCGACCAUACCAAGAGCACAUACGCACGAAGCCCUGAACUACUCACUGGCAACUCUGACGGGGAUCGCUUUCCUCGAGAUGAAGAUACGGCAAAUCCAAACUACAUGGACAUGACCAUGGUGGGCUCGGGUCAUACUUUGGUCGAUACAGCUCAGCCCAGUCAGACCUUACGACUACAUAUUGGGAAUGUGAUAAUUGAAGAGAAAGUCCUGUAUUUGGUGGGGUCCUGCAUAGGUAUUUUUGCUGCAGGCCUCAACUUCACUGCAACAGGAGCCAAUUUACCGUCAUUCCAAAAGUUUUAUCAGCUGUCUUACCAGACAGUUUUGCUGGUAUUCCUUGCGAGCUUUGGAGGCUACCUAGUAUCAUGUCUACUCAACUCAGUUCUUCAGAGUGUAAUUGGAACGUGUAAUGUUUUAUUGAUGGCUAGCGCCUUGCACGGCAGCAGGGCUUUACUAAUAUCCUUUGCCCCACCGUUCCCGGUUGUGGUAAUAGGGCUUACCCUCAUGGGCUUUGGUGGAGGAUUUUAUGAAGCGUGCCUCACCAGUGUUGUCACGACUAAGCUUGGACCUAUGAUACAAGUAGGUUUAAAGUCCGUGGCCCUAUCACCAAUGGACUAUGAGAACAAGAGGGGCAACAAAGGCCCAGGGGGUAUGAUGUAG